AUGUCCGGGCUCGGGGCAAAGAGACUCGGCAAGGAGCUCUCCAAGAUCUCUGCUAGCCUGCCACCCGGAAUCACGCUUGUUGCCGCCGAGAACCUCGAGGAGUGGCAGCUCGACAUACAAGUCCUUGACUCCAAUCCCCUCUACGCAGGGGAAACAUACAGACUCAAGUUCAAGUUCUCCCAAUCCUACCCUAUCGAACCGCCAGAAGUCACCUUUCACAAGACAGACAGCCGUCCCAUACCGAUGCACCCGCACAUAUACUCAAACGGCAUCAUUUGUCUCGACCUCCUUGGAAGUCAAGGCUGGAGCCCGGUGCAAAAUGUUGAGAGCGUCUGCAUGAGCAUACAGUCCAUGCUGACGAGUAACACAAAGAACGAGCGGCCACCUGGCGACGAAGAAUUCGUGCGUGGCAACAGAUUACGGCCUAGAGAUAUCGCAUUCAUGUACCACGACAACACGGUCUAA